AUGGUUCAAUCAAGCUCCCAUCAACAUUCCCAGAUGUCUAGCGUGAUCAAGCAAAGACCUUGGGAGCCCUCGCCGUCCACGAAGGCCGUUCUAUACACCAACGCCAAUAUUGUUGACCCUGAGGCAGCGGAAGUGCACUACGGAGCGUCUUUUCAAGUCGAAGACGGCGUCAUCACUGGCGUCUGGAAAAAUGGGGCUGAACAACCCACGCCCGGCAAUGAAGGAAUCACCACGAUAGACCUUCACAACCACUUCGUCUGCCCAGGACUUAUUGACUGCCAUGUUCACCUGACAGCGGCGCCUGGAGAUGUCACACUGAAGGGCAUGUACGCGACCGAGGCCAGCACACUAGCAUUUCGUUCAGCAUACCUUGCCCGCGAGAUGCUUCUCCGCGGGUUCACCACCGUCCGCGAUACAGGCGGUGCGGACGCUGGACUUCGGGACUCCAUCGUGGAAGGCCUAGUGAAGGGUCCUCGUCUCUUUAUCGCAGGUAAAGCACUAUCACAGACGGGCGGCCACGGCGAUUUCCGCAGCCGCCACGAGGGCAGUCAGCACAAGUGUUGCGGAGGCGACCUUCCUGGUCUUUCACGCGUCUGCGACGGUGUGCCGCAGUGCCUCGAGGCCGUUCGAGACGAGAUACGUCGUGGUGCAGACUUUAUCAAGAUCAUGUGCGGAGGAGGAGUGGCAACCUUGACGGAUCCUCUGUCGAUGCUACAGUUUACCCCUGAGGAGAUUCGUGCCAUCACCACCACGGCCGGUUAUUCUGGCAAGUAUGUCACUGCCCAUGCGUACACAACACAAGCAAUCCGUCAUGCUGUGGACAAUGGCGUCCGAGGGAUAGAGCACGGGAACUUUAUUGACUCAGAAACGGCCGCGUAUCUCAAGGAGAAGGAUGUUGUGGUGACGCCCACUCUCGUGGUGUACCAAGCCUAUGAGAUUGCGGACAAGCCGCCUUUCGACAAUUUGUUGACACCGGCUGGAAAGGCAAAAAACCGCCAAGUUCUUGCGUCUGGGUUGGAAUCGCUCAAGAUCCUUCACGAGGCCGGUGUUACCAUGUGCUACGGCUCAGACCUGCUCAGUGUCCUCCACCCGCUUCAAUCGGGAGAGUUUAGCAUCAGGUCCCAGGUGCUCCCUGCAGCCAGCAUCCUCAAGUCAGCUACCACCAAUGCUGCAGCUUACUUGGGUAUGACGGACCGCUUAGGUCAGAUCAAAGCAGGUGCUUUUGCCGACUUUAUUAUACUCACUGGCAACCCUCUAGAGGAUAUUACAGUGCUAGAUAAUGCUAAUUCGUCCUUCUUGGCCAUUUUCAAAGAAGGUCGGGUUGUGGCAAGCAAGCUGGAGAGCGUCGUCCAAGAUGUAAACUACAGGGACUUUACACUGCCUGGGGAAGGAAGAGGGAUUACAGGCCACAUCUAA